CCGAAACGAUAAAAAAAGCGAACAGCGUUCAUUUCCCCGAAGAGAAACUCUGCAAGUGGUUAGUUCAACUUCUGAUGGCACUCGAUUACUUGCACACGAAUCAUAUCCUUCACCGAGAUGUUAAGUGUUCGAACAUAUUUUUGACUAAAAAUCGAGAUAUACGCCUCGGUGACUUCGGACUAGCCAAAAUGUUGACGUCAGACGAUCUUACGUCCUCGGUCGUAGGAACUCCGAGCUAUAUGUGUCCAGAACUUCUUGCUGAUAUACCUUACGGUUCGAAGUCGGAUAUUUGGUCUUUAGGAUGCUGUAUAUAUGAGAUGACUGCUCUAAAGCCUGCAUUCAAAGCGUUUGUAAGUUUCGAACGUCAUUUGUUCUUGUUCGGGAAUUUCUUCUAUGGUAGCUUAUGUCCAUUAGAUAACUCCAUUCCCUCUAUAAUUAGUGUGAGUUUAUUUUAUAACUAG